UUGUUUGUUAGUUUUUUAGUUUUUGCACCAAACUUGUUGUCUCUUUUCUCUUCUUUCUUAUAUAAACAAAUUGUGUGCUGUCCCGCUAAAUCUAAAGAUGCCAAAUCAGUGCUAAAAUCAAUUCCUGCGGAACUAAGUUCAUCUGGCUGGGCUGCACCUGCGCAGGCGUGUGAAAUGUUCAUCACUUCCUCUAGGCUUUUUCAAUCCUGACUUUUGUACUUUCUCUCGGGGAGAUUGGGUGCAAAAUGUUGGCUCCCCUGGGCUUCAGCUGUCCGCGCUGUCUGCUCCUGAGACGGGGGCGACGUUGGGCCAUUGGCUCCCUUGCCCGCCAAUUGUCUGGGAGUAGCUCCAAAGACACCACCGCCGGCAAGGACACAGCUUCUAAUGCAACAGGGAAUAAGGAUGUUGCCCCUAAUAGCAAAUCUAGCAGGGAAACCAUCACCGCCAAAGACAAUUCAAAGGAAAAGAAGUCCAUCAAGGAUAUCGAGCUUCCCCCCGAGCCCACCACCUGCUGCAUGUCUGGAUGCGCCAAUUGCGUUUGGCUGGACUAUGCCCAGACUCUGGCCAAGCUACUGGGGGAUAAUGAUGAAGCGGCCCGAGAACUUGUCCUGAGCAAGAUCACCGACCCGAAUUUGAAGAUGUUCCUCAGCCUGGAGCUUCGUCAGAUGGCGCGGCAGCGGGAGGAGAAAGCGGCUGCGGAGAAGGCAGCCGCGGGGAAGCCAAAGACACCGCCCUCGAAGUAGUACAAAUGUCCUUCUCUCCCUAUAUCUUACCAUCUAGUUAGGACCAAAUUUGCAGUAGCUCAAAUUUACUCUUGUACUUAAUAUCUAAGAACAAAAACAAAACCUCAAAAUAAAUAUUUAAGAGUUGAGUAUUCCAA